CAUCCCUCCCGUUCCAGUACAGCAGCUGAUCGCAAAUGCCGUGGAAGGCAAGAUCUGCACUAAUAGUACCCCUGGAACACAGAUGAGAAGACGACGACAGACGGAACACGUAUCUUUGCUGUCGUUUCAUGUGUUUUCGCUCACGUACAUUUUUUGCGUUUUUCGGAAAGAAUCACAAGUGGUGGGUUUAAAUCCGGGGGAGUCGUCCUGUUUUUUAAACCAGGAAUUCUGAAUGGAAGCAGAGGGAGCGGCUAGCCUGUCUGAGGUCGGAGAUGGCAGUCCGUUAUCUGGGGCCGCAGCAUCCGAUGAGACUGAAACAGUCAUUGGUGUCGGUUAUGGGAUGGAGGCAGGCGACAUAGAUGCUGCUGCCAGAAAGGCCUUCAUCACAGAGAUGCCCUCAUCAUCAGGUCUGCCAGGCUAUGGCCAGGGGAAGAAGAUUGGCCACAGGGGUGUGGACGCGUCCGGCGAGACCACAUACAAGAAGACCACCUCGUCAGCGCUGAAGGGGGCCAUUCAGCUGGGCAUCGGCUACACAGUGGGCAACCUGAGCUCCAAACCCGAGCGUGACGUGCUCAUGCAGGACUUCUACGUGGUCGAGAGCAUUUUCUUCCCCAGUGAAGGCAGCAAUCUGACUCCAGCCCACCACUACCCAGACUUCCGCUUUAAGACGUACGCCCCGGUGGCGUUCCGCUACUUCAGAGAGCUCUUUGGAAUCAGACCAGAUGACUACUUGUACUCGCUGUGCAACGAGCCGCUGAUCGAGCUGUCCAACCCCGGGGCCAGCGGAUCCGUCUUCUACGUCACUAAGGACGACGAGUUCAUCGUCAAGACUGUCCAGCACAAGGAGGCGGAGUUCCUGCAGAAGCUGCUGCCCGGCUACUACAUGAACCUAAACCAGAACCCUCGCACGCUGCUUCCCAAGUUCUACGGCCUUUACUGUGUGCAGUCGGGUGGCAAGAACAUCCGUGUGUGUGUCAUGAACAACAUCCUGCCCCGUGUGGUGUGCAUGCACCUCAAGUACGACCUGAAGGGCUCCACGUACAAGCGACGAGCCUCCAAGAAGGAACGGGAGAAGUCCAAGCCCACCUUCAAGGACCUGGACUUCAUGCAGGACCUCCAGGACGGCCUGAUGCUGGACACAGACACCUACAACGCCCUGGUGAAGACCCUACAGAGAGACUGCUUGGUGCUGGAGAGCUUUAAGAUCAUGGACUACAGCCUGCUGCUGGGGGUGCACAACCUGGACCAGGCCAAGCGGGAGCAGCAAGUGGAGGGCCCGCAGGCGGCCAGCGACGAGAAGAGGCCCCUGCCCCAGAAGGCCCUCUACUCCACCGCCAUGGAGUCCAUCCAGGGCGGGGCCGCCUGCGGAGAGGCCAUCGACACGGAGGACACGAUGGGUGGCAUUCCAGCUGUCAAUGGCAAAGGGGAGCGCUUGCUGCUCUACGUUGGAAUAAUUGACAUCCUGCAGUCUUACAGGCUGAUCAAGAAAUUGGAGCACACGUGGAAAGCUCUUGUUCACGACGGGGACACUGUGUCUGUCCACCGGCCUGGUUUCUAUGCAGAUCGCUUUUUCAAGUUCAUGAGCAACACAGUCUUCAGGAAGACCUCCUCCCUCAAGUGCUCACCCUCAAAGAGGGGUCGCGUGUCCUUGACGACGACGACGGUGCCCAAGUACGCAGGCCCCGGGGCGGCAUGGUCGGCCAGCCAGCUGCCCUCCGAGAGGGACGAGAACAUCUACGACCUACGAGGUGCCCGCAGUUUCCCCACAAUGGAUGAUGAAGGCCGGCCAGACCUCCUGCCCUGCACCCCGCCGUCGUUCGAAGAGGCCACCACGGCAUCUAUCGCCACCACCCUCUCCUCCACCACCUCUCUGUCCAUUCCAGAACGCUCCCCGUCGGACACCUCCGAGCACCCCCGCUACAGGAGACACACCCAGUCCCUGAGCCACGAGGGCAGGACUCAGGACGAGGACCAGCAGACCAUCACAGUGGAGGUGGAGGUAAAGAGGCACGACAGUGAGCCGACCAUCAGCGCCCCACAGCCCUCGCCAGAGACCAGUGAGGUGCCAGAGGCCUCUGCUGCUGCCGCCUCUGCCUCCCCCAUCCCUGCCAGUCCCAAGGUGAUGGUGGAGUCCGACCAGGCCAGCCAGACGUCCGGGUGUCCCAGCAGGGCUUCCAUAGACGAAGACGAGGACGUGCCAAUCACAGACAUCUACUUCAAACCCAGCGGAGAGGCCAGCGUGUAACUGGGAAGGGUGAGCGAGCUGAGAUCAGAAUGCGAGUGCCGUGUGUGUGUGUGUGUGUGUAUGUGUGUGUAUGUGUGUGUGUGAUUAGUCGAGUGGCCCAGUCUGCCUCUUGUGUCGUCUCAGUCCCUGUCACCAGAUCGCCGGGGCUCGGAUCUCACUUUGAGAUUACGAGUUAAAGCUGACACCCAGCACAGCGCCGAGCUCACAGAGAUAGACUCCUCUGGCCCUGGCUGCGCUCCCUGAGACGGACUUUCUGAGACGACGGGGAGCAGACUGAUGACACCUCCUCCCUUGAACUCACAGCAUGCAGUCAACAUGCUCUGUUUAUGAGACUGUGUGUGCAUGCGUUAUGUGUGUGUGUGUGUGUUGCUUUUCUCCUGUCUGCGUCAGUGUGGUAAUUGUCUUGCAUGCCCUGCUGUGAUCUGGCUAAAAAUAGAAUAAGACUUCUGCUUGGGUUGGGUCAUUAUGUUUUUCACUUCUUGCUAUAACUAGUGGUAAUUUGGUUGAACAGCGUGGGAUGGAUUGGAGUGAUCUGUGUAUGUGUGUUUGCGUGUGUGGGGGUAAUGUCUUACUCAUGGGCUAAUUUAUGUGUUGAAUAGGGCCAAUGAUGAGGGUAGAGGCUAAAAGCAUUUUAUGGUCCUGAUUUGACACCUUCCUUUGCAGGCUAUAAACUGACCUGAAUAAGAAGGUAGAGGUAAAGAUGGGUCCAGUGGGUCACUUAUGACCACAAAAGUGUGUGUAUGUGUGAGUGCCUCCAUUGACAUAGGUUGAAAGUUGAUAAGGGAGAUGAUCAUCCUUGUUUAGUAAAAUGUAGUUAUUGGCACUUCAUAAGCAACUGUGCCCUGUUUGAGUGGGGAGAUGGAGUUGGUUGUGUGGAGGUUUUUGCACUAACAUGUGCCUGGACUGCUCUCUGCCCCUCUGCUCUCUCCAGAGAGGGGAGGUGGCGUACUGUGCCAGCAUCAGGUCCCAUCUGAAUUAUUCAGCCUCCGCCACCUUGCACUACAUCAUCAUCUCCGUCGCCGCGCACCACACGCCGGGGACACUCUAGCUCCGCUCACACAGCCCAGAGAGAAGAGCCAGCUGAGGCGCAGCAGGCAGGGCUGUAGUUGGACCACGCUAGGCUUUAAUGUGCCCUUUAAUCAAACAUUACGCUCGUUUUAACACAAGCCAGCCACCCAGCAACACAUCACACAGUUUGUCUUUCUACAGUGGUAAUCACAAGGGCCUUAUUAAGGUUGCUGUUUGUAAACUACUGGUUACCUCCCUACUUGGGUACAGUGGUGGUGUCUGGGAGAGACUCCUCAUCUCUCCAUCAUGCCCCUUUGGAGCACAUCACUAUCAGUCACUCAUUUCGCAGUUGGCAUUGCAUAUGACUGGAAAACAGAUGUCAUCUCCUGCCAUCCAUGCCAUCUUCAUUCCAGUGGUCUGUGCCAUUCUUUUUCUUUCCUUAUUUCUCUCUCUUUCUCUCUGUCUCUCUUUCCCCCUCUCCAUCCUUCCACCCUGGCUGUGCUCUCAGUUUUCAGACGGUUGUCUGCAGGUGUCGUCUCUAGCACCACGGCCAGUCUCUAUUCUGUGCUGGAGUGUAAGUCCCACAGGCAUUUCAGUGUGCUGCUCUAGUUGCAUUCAAAUAGUCCCCCCCUUACAUAUCAGAAAACUGAUAGGUAGUAGCUACCAAACUGACAGGUAGUAGCUACCAAUGUUUUUUCAGAAUGUGUGCCAUUUGCAGUUAGCAUGGGUCAGUCAGAGUUGAAUUAAAGCUGCAGUCUGCAAUUCUAAUGUAAUAUGUAAUAUUAUUUUUGUCAAAUUGCAUUGCUCCUCGCAGUCCUCAACCUGUGUGUUCAGUAUGUGCACUUAAAAAAUGCUAGUGUUCACACACAGGCCUGGUUUCUGUAAAUAGUACACAAACAUAGUGGGCUGAACCGAGCAAUAAACAAUUCCAAACAAACAUGCCUCUGGAAGGGAGGGGUGUAAUUAGAUUGGCUGUUCAAAUAUAAUAUCAAUGACCUUUCACAAGAAUUGCGGACUCCAUCUUUAAAUCUAGAUUUUGCUGUAAAGACAACAGAAAGAACUAUAAGUUAACAUGGUGUAAAAAGUUAUCCUUCCUGUUGUAGUAACCCCCAGAACUGUAGAAAUUAGCCAAAGUGUCACAAAACGCAGACAAGAUGGAGACAAGUAAGGUAGGAAGUCUCCUCUUGCCCUACCUCUUUCUUUGGUGUGAAAUUGGUGGGCUGAACCUCAGUGUUGCUCUAUUCACAUCAGCUUGUAAGACAUCUAUUUGUCCAUUGGACUGGUGUUUGUAUAGUAGAUGAAAAGCCCUCACAAAGACGUGUAUAGAGGGUCUUUUUUUUCCUAUCCUCCUGCCUCCAGAGCCCGUCACCCUUGGAGCUGAACACAGAGCUCCCAUUGAGAACUUAAUGGACUCCUGUAGGCGUGUGUGUUUAGGGAGGGUGCAGUUUGUAGUCCCUUUGCUGUGGCUGUCCUGGCACCUUUCUCUCCUGCCCACUUAAUUUGUCUCCUUUCCUGGCUGCAGCCACACAACUCCCCGUCACACUCUCCUGUCCUGCUUGAACUCACCCCCACUUGCUAUAAGACAAGACGGGGUCUGAAGAUGUCAUGCCACAGAGCAAUCCUCCCGUAUAGGCCUCUAGAACUCCCAACCUUGAAUCAAUCUGAAUGCAUGAAGAAGUGUCAGUGGUGUUUUUGUCUUUGAUUUGAUCAUAGCAGUAUGCCCUCCGAGCUCUUGUUCUGUCUCUCUCUGUGUCUCCCGAACCUGACCCCCCCACACUCCCUCAUCUUGUCCCCUUGCUGCAUUUCUAAUGUUCUUCUCCUCCUGCCUUGUCUUCUCUUCACUUUCUCUCCCCCUCCUCCUCUUUGCCUGCCUGUGCUGCCUCUCUCUCUCUCUCUCUCUCUCUCUCUCUCUCUCUUUCCGUGUGCAUCGACGGCUUGCUUUGUGUGGUGCCCUCUGCUGUUUGCCUGCCGUAACUUCAGCCGGAGGACAGGACCUGGGUGUACUCUCCGCUGCACUAUGGCGGCGAGCCAGAGAGCCUGGCCGAUGGGGAGGGGGAGAGCCAGACC